GUUCAAGCGCCUCACCUCCAGACGAGGCGAUUGACCUCAGCCUCCAGUCAAAAUCCCGGGGUAAAUGCAUGCAGGGUGUCUUUUCGUAUCUCAAACCUGUGCCGCGGUGGAGUUAUGCUUUGGAGAAUAGUGUGCAAAGUUCGUUGCAUCGAGCUUCAAGGACCUCUCCGGCGAAGGAAUGGCACACUGCGAGAGAGGGGAAGAAAGCUGAAAAGAUAAGAGUUCCUGUUUCACCAACCGCUUCUCUCUUUGGUGGCUGCGCGCCCGCGGGGCUUUCCCAGCCGACUCAUGGACCUGAGUGACUCUCCUCCGGAUUUUUUUCGUAUGCGGUCGGCUUGUCUCCCUCUGGAAUGUCUCCACUUCCUCGCGCGUGACUUCUUCGCCCACACCCGUCUCACUUCUACUUCUCUGAACACCAAUCGUAUUCCUCUUCCCCUCGAAGCCUUCCGUCUCUCGCUCUUACUCCCAGUGAGUCCGCCUUCACCAUGGUGGCGCUGCGGCUCUUCCACCCGCCGCGACGGAGAGGCGCCUUCUCCGAAAUCUGUUCCCCUGUUUUCUUCCUCUCGCUUACGAGGCAACGCCGUCAGCGCGAUGCCUCCCUUUCUCUCCUCUCUCUCCGUUCUUCGCUCUCUCUCCGGAUUCCCCUGUCUCUGUCUUCCUUUUUGUCUGCUUCUUCUGUUUCUGGAUGCUCCCUGCCUUCCCGGUCUCUUCCUGAGUUCGCUUCGCGCUCGGCUGUCUCCUCCGCCGGGUGUACGUACACCCAGUGUAUCCCCUCGUCCCGCCUGCAACGCCGAGGAGCGUCGACCGCCUCUCUCCGGGCUCUGCACGAGUCGGCGGAGUCUGCGCGCGUGCGGCGCGUAGCUGCGAAGCCUUGCAGUGCCUCGGUGGUUUGUUCGCUUUCUUCUUCGUCUUCGUCAAGUCCAAGUAGAUCUCGGGGCUUGCUCUCUUCUCCAGUCGUAUCGGGAGAGAAACACCCCCGUUGCGGCGUGGUUUGGGGGAAAGAAGCGACUCGGACGCUCCGACAGGCGUCAGGAGGAAAGAUUCGCCUGUAUCGCAGCGAAGCAGAGAUGACAAACUCUUUGCUGAUGCAUUCGACCCUGCCGCCUUUGAGAGAUGCAAUCGCAUCUUCCCAAGCAAGCGCAAAUGAAAAACGACAAGUUUGUACGGGAUGCGAUUCUCUGUCGCGCGCGCUCCUCUUUCGUCCAAGGCAUUCGUCCUUCUCCGUGCUUGGAGGCGGCCCUGCCUCGCGUCUCUUUUCGUCCAGCAAGCCACCGGGAACGGAGGACUCCACGGACUCUCUGCCGGGUGUACGUACACCUUCGUCUUCUCCCGAUUUGCCUGAGGAAGGUUCGGCGCCGGCAGGCAGCGCGGUCAUCCGCCGCCCGGAAAAAGACAUCAGAGUUGGCGCAGGUGAAAGUUUAAUCGAGGCCAUGGUGGAGCAGUCUCUCAAAGAAGCAGAAGAGAAGGCCCUGCAUGCGCGUCGCCACCAAGGGAUUGAACUCUACCCUGGGGGGCCAGUGGACCGGUACGGACCUCCGAGAGAUCCGAGCACGCUCCUGCUGGAGCCGCACAAGCUGACGAGAGAAGAACGGUGGUUUCAGAUUUUCUUUGUCGCGGCUCCGUGGAUUUUCUUCCUCUGCAUGCUCUCGGCGCCAAUCCUGCUCGCCCAGUACCACGUCAAGAAGCUGGGCGAACGCGCGUCUCUCGCGCGGCAAGUGGCUGAAGAACUCAUGGAGACUUCGGACGCGGACUUCUUUCGUCUCUGCACCUUCCAGGACCUACGGGAGAUCGUCGAGCAGCCGCUGCAUGCUUUUCUUUGUUUCCUGCACCCCGACACCAUUUCCUCUCAAGUCGUCGCGCCUCUCCUUCGAGAUGUCGCUUCUCUCUUCAAGCGUCUGGGGAUUCGCGCGAGUGUAGCGCUGGUGGAUUUGUCUGCGGGAGUUCCGGAGCGCAUGCAGUCUGAACUCCCAGCUGCGCUCGCGCCACACGGACAGCUGCUGCUGCCCUUCGCAUUCGGCGGCCAACAGGCGGCGGUCGUGGACUUUGCCGAGACUUGGACGGCGGCGGAAAUCGUCAAGGCAGUCGCAGCCGAAGUGCCUGGCGCCCAGGCGGCGAUGGCCCACACCCAGGAGCUGGACGACAUCUGCGAGCAACUCAGCGACUGUCUCGUCUCGCUGGCCUUUGUUGACGGAGACAGCCGCGCCUCCGACGCCGCAUCUCCAGCAUUUCGUAGCUCUAGAAACGACCCUCUUGCUGCAGGUUCUCAUUCUGCAGAGAGCAGUCCUUCGUCGGCAACUGACGGAGACAAGGAGACACGCGAGCGAAUCGGAGGCGAGAGAGACGCGCUGUUGAACCCCGUCGCCCGCGUGAAGGAGCUCAACUUAAUCGGCGACGGCGGCCGCGAGGCGCUUCGGAAGUGCCAAGACGCGAGAGAAAAACUUCGAAGUCUCGGCGUUCAGCAAAGCCACUAACGCCGACGCAUCCGGCUCACUCUUCUAUACGCUCCUCUGUGCAUGUGUGUAUGUAUUUAUUUUUAUACACAUGCGUAUCUGUAUGCGCGCACAGACCGACAGAGAAAGAGAGAGAGAUGGACACGGCUCUGCACGCAUGCACGCCUAUCUGUCAAUAUAUAUAUAUAUAUAUAUAUAUAUAUAUAUAUAUGUUUGUGUGUCUGUACACGUAUCUGCAUGAAUGCGGAUAUGCAUAUAUAUAUAUAUAUAUAUCAAAUAUGUAUGCAGGUGAGUGCCUGUUGCAUGUUUGGGGAUGGUUGGGAGGCCCGGGAGAGAAUCGGGGGAUGGCUUCGAGACGUUUUAGGGAGGAGCAGAAGAAUACGCAUCGCGUACGUAGAGACUGCCUCUGUUUAAGCCUAUUUUCGACUACACGAGGCAAUCUGGAAUUCCUUCUUUUUGGCCUAACGAAGGCCAGCGCAGUUGCUUUAAACCUCUGCAGCUUCCUCCGAAUUCAGGCUGCAUCGUCUUGCUGCGUUUUUGCCUCGCACCCGGCGGCGCGUCGCUGCCGAUCAUCAUUGGCGCGUGGAUGCAUGCAGUGUGUGCGUCGCUCCCCGAGUAAACAUGUCUCUGCCUGAGACGACAGCGCUCGCGCUGCACGAUGCUGCGUUGCCUUGUCCUCCUCUUUUAUCUUUUUCUUCUCUCGCCGCUUCUUUCCGGGUUCUUCCGAUGCUUCUUCUUUCCCCCAAUUCGUUCCUUGUUUCUUCUCUGCUGCAGCUUCCUUCUCCGUGUCAUCCUUCGCCUGUUCCAGUCGUUGUCUCUCUGCCGCAUUUCGAUUUCAUGGCCUCCUCCCCCACAGGCUGGCACUGUCAAUCUGCCUGCGUAAUGGUCUGCAUGCAGCGAAACUCGACGAGAGACCGGGCAGAGAGAAUCCCCACUGCAGACCUUUCGACGCGAGUUUGGACUGUGCGUUCGAUGUCUGAAUUUGACCUAGUGAGCGUUCGAAGCUUCACGGCUCACUGGCCAGAGAGCCUGAUUCCACGUUGACCUGCUACCCUCUCUCCGUUGGCAUAGAAGCUGCGCCGCGCCGAACAAGCGCUGUGCUGGAAGGUCCGCCCGCUCCAAGUCUCCUCAGAAUCUCCGUUCCUUUGUCACUUCUCGGCACCAGGCUUGCUUCCCAUUCCUCUCGUUUAGCAGGAGCUAAAAAUGACAUCUUAAAUAUUUGGC